GCAAGAAAUUAUGGAGGGUACAAAUUGGAAUCUGCAAAUUUACCAAAUUUGGGCGGAAUUCAACCUCCAUUCUCGAAUUCACAAACCCUAGCCAUCCCAGACGACUUGAUUUUCGAGCAUAUUCUACCCAGACUUCCGGUAAAAUCCCUAAUUCAAUUCAAUUCUGUUUGUAAGAGUUGGUAUAAUUUUAUCUCUUCAUCUCAAUUCGCCAAAUCUCAUCUAAAAUUCUCAUCAGCAUCACCACAUUUUCUACUUCUUAAGGAUUUGUUUGGAAUUCAGGGUAUUUUCCGUGAAUUCAAUUUGUUGUCCUACGAUGAACACGAUGAAAAUAUGAGAUUAGCUCAAUUAGAUUAUCAAUUGCCCGAAUUCAAUCGUGAAUAUUAUGUUGUAGGUUGUUGUAAUGGCUUGAUCUGUUUUUAUUUUUAUGAAGCUUUACGAACUGUUAAAUUCAUUUUGUGGAACCCUGCUACUCGUAAAUGUCGUAUAAUUAGCACUGAUUUUAGAGAAACCUUGUUGAAUUGUGGUUUUGGUUAUGCAUCAACUCUCGAAGACUAUAAGAUUUUUGGUGCAUUUUAUUCAUAUGCUGAUACAUGUACCCGGGUUCGGGUUUUCUCGUUGACACUAGGAGAGUGGAAGCAGAUUUGUCUAUCGAAGGAUGAUGUCGAAAUUUUUUACUCUGCGUGUGGUAUGAAGGGUGUUUUUGUUGAUACUUCUCUGUAUUGGUAUGUCAACAAAUCGGGAGGUUUGUUACGCAUUAUUUGUUAUAAUUUAGUCAAUGAACAGUUACGAGAAUUCCCGGUGACAAUUGAGUGUUUUUAUGAUUGUGUUGAGAUUGAGGUUUUUAAAGGGUGUUUAUUGUUGCGUUGCUAUGAGAAUGGGUAUGAUCCUUCGUUGUGUGAAGUUUGGAUUCUAAAGAAACAGGAUGAUAUUAAUUCUUGGGAAAAAUUGUUCUCAUUUCCUUUUUAUUAUGCCUUCACAUUUGGCUUUCUCCUCAACUGGCAGGAGUUUGAUAGAGCAUGAGAGGCAGCUCAAGUUUAUUGACCCAGUUCUAGGAGAUGUGAAACAUGCCCAAGGUAUUGAUAUUGGUGGGUUUGUGAAAUUAAUAGCAUAUCAGCAUGUUGAGAGUCUUGUUUCGCCCUUUGGAGAGACAGCUCAAGUUGAUUGACCCAGUUCUAGGACAUGUGAAACAUGCCCAAGGUAUUGAUUUUGGCGGGUUUGAGAAAUUAGUAGCACAUUAGGAUGUUGAGAGUCUUAUCUCGCCCUUUGGAACUAUGUUAACCUGGCUGUAAACCUGUUAUGGUUUGUGAACUACUGAGUGAUGGUGACUGGUCCCAUGAGAUUUUGAACACUCAUUUUAUUGCGUGGGAGGUUGAUGAAAUUAUGAAAAUUCCCUUAGCCAGAUUUGGUGGGGAUGAUGAGUGGGCAUGGCACUUCACCAAAAAUGGUGAUUUUUCUGUUCGGAGUGCUUAUUAUGUUGAGUUGAAGGCUAUGGCUGUGACGCGUGCUUCCCCCUCUGUGACUGUGAAUGUUGUGUGUGGAAGAGGCUUUGGGGUGCAAAUAUUCCCCCGAAGAUAAAAUUGUCUGGCUGGCGUGUGCUCCAUGACAGUGUGGCUGUUAGGGGUUCCCUCUCCUAAUGUGGUAUGGUUGUGCAUACCACCUGUCAGUGCUGUGGCUCCGAUGUUGAGACUUUGGCCCACUCAACUUUCCUCUGUCCUGAAGCCAAACUUUUAUGUUAUCUUUCUCCUCUUCGUUUGGAUUUUCCCUCGCACUUUUCUUUCUCUGUUUUUUGGAUGGAUAUGUUCUCUAACUGCUUAUUUAUAAAGAGAAGCUCUGGUGGGAUUAUUUUUGGGCUUUUCUUUGGGGAAUUUGGCUGAAGCGUAAUGCUUUUGUUUUCGAGAAUAGAAUCACCCCAAUUGAAGAGGACCUUGUGAAAGCUUCGAGCCUGGUGGGUGAAUAUGCUAAAGCCAACGAGGCCUCUGCCCCAAGUGUGAGCUGCUCUGCUGGAGCUGUUUCUUCGUGGUCUCCUCCGAGCCUUGGGCUUGUCAAAGUUAAUUCUGAUGCUUCCUGCUUUGCUGAUAAUGUAGUGGGGUUUGGUGCUGUGGUGAGGGACUGUAUGGGGAAAGUUUUGAUGGCUACAUGCUGCUUGAAGGUAGGCACUUAUGAAAUUGAAGUGGCGGAGGCUAUGGCUGCUAGAAAUGCUUUGUGUAUGGCUUUGGAUGCUAGCUUCAGUCACUCGGUUUUGGAACUUGAUUGUGCGAAUCUUUACCAUAAACUGAGGAAGAACCUGAAGGUGAAAUCUGCUGCGGGUGCUAUCAUCGAAGACAUUCGAAAGCUUGCUUCUUAUUGCUCGUCUUUCUCCCUUUGUCUUGUGGGUAGAAAUGGGAAUGAGGUCGCUCAUACUCUUGCUAAUUCUAGUAGAAAUUUUACUGUUUUGCAAGUGUGGACUGAUGUUGUUCCACCUUUUGUCGAGUGUGCUGUUACUCUUGAUGUACCCUGAUUUUCCUUCUUCUUAAUGAAGCUUUUUGGUGUUUUGUGUCAAAAAAAAAAAAAAAAAAACCAAAGUAGUAUGAAAAUGGAUUAUCUCCUCAAGGUAUUGAUUUUGGUGGGUUUGCAAAUUUAGUAGCACAUCAGCAUGUUGAGAGUCUGAUUUUGCCUUUUGGAACUCUAAAACUAGGGAGUAUAUUUGCUUGUUUGGAUCUUUGUAGCAUGGAAAUGGUUUAUUGUCUCAUCA